CUGAGCGGAGCGGAGCGGAGCUGCCACCGCCCCAGCAGCCGCGGCCCUGUCCGUGGUGCUGCCCGGGAGCCCAGCCCAGCGCUCCCGAGCCCAGCGGCAGCCCCGGCAGCCCCGAGCAUCCUGUUGCGCUGGGUCCAAAGCGAGGAGCGGGGAGAAGCGUCUUCUUGGGAAAGAGCCUCUCGCCCUGGCUGAGCUGCGCUCCUGGAGCCGAGCAAUGGCUGCACUGCCACGGCUGGUUCGUGCCUCCUCGGUCGUGUUGGUGGUCUGGGCUGGUUUCUGUUCUGCAGUGUGUGUGGAAGUUCCAUCAGAGACAGAGGCUGUCCAAGGAACACACAUGAAGCUCCUCUGUAUCUCCUGCAUGAAGAGGGAAGAAGUCACAGCCACCACGGUGGUGGAAUGGUUCUACAGGCCAGAGGGUGGAAAAGAUGAACCUAUCUACAAGCACAAGAACUCCAACCAUGAGUUCCCAAGCCGCUUCAGUGGUCGGUUACAGUGGAACGGGAGUAAAGACAUGCAGGAUGUGUCCAUCACUGUGUUAAAUGUGACCUUGAACGAUUCUGGUAUCUACACCUGCAACAUCACCCGGGAGUUCGAGUUUGAGAUUCACAGACCUCUCUUCACAAGCUCCAGAGUGAUCCACCUCACGGUGGUGGAGGAGGCUGGAGAAGACUUCACCUCCGUCAUCUCUGAAAUUAUGAUGUAUAUUCUGCUGGUCUUCCUCACCUUGUGGCUGCUGAUAGAAAUGAUCUAUUGCUACAGGAAAGUCUCCAAGGCAGAGGAGGCCGCCCAGGAAAAUGUCACAGAUUAUCUUGCGAUUCCAUCAGAAAACAAGGAAAACUGUGCUGUGCCUGUGGAGGAAUAGCAGAGAGGAGUCAGCAGAAUGAGCAGCACCAAGGGGCUCUGAAGACAGAAGGACCGUGUCAUGCCAGCCAGGAUUGAGGGGGAGCUCUGCACUGUCAGGAGGAAAUAUGGGGAAGUGUAAAUUCUCUUCCAUAUGCCUUGGACCCUGUACAGCCUUGACUUUGGCCUCAUGACUCCAUCCUGAGCUGCCAGCCCAUUUGCUAAAGGACUCCUCUUUUGAAGCAUGCUGAGCAAAGGGCAGAAGGGUGUGGGCAGCACUGCUCCUUCUCAAGUUUCAAUCCCAUCACCACUAAUAGCUUCGUAAAUGUGAAGUGUCAUUUCUUAGCUGCUGUCACCACCACCUUUAUUUGCUAAAUAUGCUAGCUCUCCAUUGCAGAGGUGAAGGGUUUGUAUGCCCUGUUACUCUGACCUGCAGGACUGGGAAUGAGGUCAUCUUAAGGUGAUGUUCACACAUACGUUACAGCCCAAGCAGUCUUUUUGGUGUGAAAGGGGAAGAAUUGAAUGAAUUAGUUGUUCCUCGGUAGGUUGCUCUGGACUUGGGGCUGCCCAUGCACAGGCAGAAUUGAAAUUGUUGAAAAUGUGGAGUAGGAAGGAUGAGUUCCUGUGCCACGCUCAUGCUUUCUACUGAAGAGCACUCCUACUUUGGGAGGCUGUAUGACCUCAGUGUAAGAAUCCCCUGUGUCCCUCUUUCAUGUAGCAACUGUCAAAAUCCUGAGUUCCUCCCAUUUGCAUAGCAGGUUUCCUCCUCAAGUGAGAGACAGUGACAGGAAUAACCUGUGGAGCCACGCUCUGCCACAACAGGCAGGCCAGUGGACAGGGUGUGGAGUGUGCCUGUUACUGGGGAAACCCCUGAAAGGAAGGCUUAAUGGAAGGAGGCAAGCCAAGUAAAUAGUAUGCACAGCCCUCCUGGGAAAAGGAGGGACAGCUUUGUAAAAUGGGAGUACUUUUUGUGUCUGCGACAGCCUUCUCGUACUACAGUGUUAGCACCACCUAGAGGAACAGACAGAAAACGCUGGUUUUUCCCUAGUUAAUCGUAAUUCUUUCUUGUGACAAGAAAUCACCGGUUUGAAUAAUCAGCAUUCAUUGUAAAUUAUUCCUGACUGCCUGGGAAUCACACUGGAAGUUCCAUGUUUCCUGUGCAAGCUUACCUUUUUGAUUGUGGUGGAUUAAGCAGAGUAAAAUCUGUUUUCUGGCCUCCAAUGUAGAUCAGUUGAGCUCAACAACUAGGAUUAUGAGAAGAAGAAAAAAAAAAGGCAGGAACCUUGGCCAGGGUGGAAUUGUUUUGUAAGACAAAAUGGGGGGGGGGGGGGGUUGUUUUCUCAUCCAGCAGAUGUUGUUGCAUCCCUGCUGCAAUGGAGCCUGUACUGCUUGCAAGAGUUGUCAAAUUUUGCUACACUGACUGCUUCUAAAUAGUUACAACGUGCUUGUGAACCAAGGCAUGCUUCCCACGAUGGAAUUUCCUCUGCUUUGUUCUGCUGCUUUUUAUGUGCUGCUAAAAUCACUGAAAUUACUCCGUUUGUAAGUCAGGCCGGGGCCAGAUUUCUAACUGGCAGUUGUUCAAAAUUCCUUUUUUUAGAGUGUGUGUCAACUUUAGUAACUACUACAAUGCAGUCUUCUCAGUAGGAUCGUUCUCGAGUCCAGAACCGAGUCUGGCAACCCGAGCACGUUUGCCAGACGGAGCACACGUCUAGUCUGGGCACCAGUUCCUUAAAACCUAGUAUCCAAAAGGGGAAAAAGCAGGUCCUCUUCUAAUCCAGCUGGAUGUCUUCAUUCUCCCUAGGCCAACUUGCCUGAUCUCAGGGCAAUUUUGAGAAUAAUCCUAACUCUUAAAUCCACAGCACCAGAGGAGGGGACUAGAUUGUAACUCCAAUUUCCGUCACGGACCACGACAGUGAAGCCCACGCUGAAUUUUUAGGUAAGGUCUUGUAACCUCUCUCCCACUUCAGCUCUGCUCCUCAGUCCCCAUGGAGCACUGUUAACCUUCUGGUGUCAUAAUGUUUAGUCAAAAAAAGGAGUAAGGAGAGAACUACUUGAGAGCUACCUCAGGUAGAAAAGAAAGGCCAGUGUCUAGUUGUGUGGCAUCUUCUGACGAUGCUUUGUUUGGGAUGUAUCUUUCACUUUUCCAGUUCCUGCAGACAGAUGUGACUAUUGCCCUGUGUUAUUCUAGGCAGGAGAGAAUGGUAUGUACGUUUUGCUCAAGAUUCUCACAGAAAAAAAACCGAACAAAUUGUUUGGGAUUGGGAAAAAUUGGGAUUUUUCAAGGGUGGUGUUAAAGACAGGCUGUGUUCUGGAAGAAACGGUCCUGGUUGGUCUCUGGAAAGGCUCUCUCUGUGUUUGGAAAGGACAGAAGAGACUUUAGCAUAGGCAGGAGAAUAAAGAGAACAAAGUACUCACGA